UUUAAUCUCGACGAAACCGCGUGAAAAUGAAAUACGUCUGAAAAUAAUGUUUGAUUUUAGAGUGGUUUUAAUCAUACCAUUCCUUUUAAUUGUAGUUUUCAUCAAUUUGGUGGCUUUUAGAACUUUUAUUUUUACAUCGAUAUCCAUUUUAUGUGCGAGUGUAUUGUUCGAAAGAUGGUCGUCGAGUGGUUGGAUUCGCGCGGAUAAGAGAAAGCAAAAGAAGCAAAAAGGUCCUGGUGGCGAAAAGGAAAGAUUAGCAGUAACAAAUGGUGGUUUUUUAAACAUGUUUUUAAACAGGUCAUUCCAAGAUAAAUCAAAAGUGAGCAAAUCAACUGUUAGAUCGCCAUGGAAAUUUGGUUCAAAUUCACCGCCACUGGAGAACAGAAUUCGAAGUCGCAAUGCCGUUUCAAGAAACCAUUCGUUUGCUGGUAGGAGGUCUGAUUUUAAUAAUUCAAGGAUCACGGACAGUCGCUUAACAUCCAUUCCUUUUCUACCUACCGUCAGAAAAGCUCUUGGUCUCGAUAAUGUAUCUAGAAGCCCUCUUACAAAAACUCCAGAAGUUGCAGCAGCCUAUCCAGAGAGGCCAAUGGCUGGCUUUUUACCUGCAGUCAGACUGGGAAGACGAGAACGACCCGUGUUUUCUCCAAGCUCCAGAACGAUAGGGAAAAGUCCAAACACUGUGAAGAUUGCUCCUCCUGAUUCAAGAAGAAUUAAUAACACAAGAUUAUUCCAAGUGAAAAAUGAAAAUGUAAAGACUACACCUAACACACAAGCAGUAUUAUCUGCCUUAAAAGAGAAAAGUAGGAAAAGAACCAUGGAGGGAAUGGAUGUCACCAUAUCGGAUGUUCAGGGGCAAAUGGCAAAGCGAAGGAGACAAGAAAGCCAGCAGUCUAAUGCCUCCACCUCUUCUCUCCCCUCCCUGCCGGACAAUCUUCCUGACCUCUCCACCCAAGGCUACACUAUUCCUCGUCUGAAGACCCCCACCCUCAAACGCACUCUGAAUAUGACCAAUCUAUCAGAGACAGACUGGGAGGAUAGUGAACGAGAAAACAGCCAGAAGCGACCUCGUCGAGAAGCUCAGUAUAAUUCUAUUGCUAGUUCACUCAGUUCCAUGCGAAGGAUUAAAGAGAGACAGGCUGCAAUGAAAAGGAAAAAUGAUUCCAAAGAAAACUCUGCUUUGGUAGAAGACAGAUCAGGCCAGAAUUCACCUGUCACCAAGAAGCCAUCUUUACAGAGUAUGGAAACUGUCCUGUUGCCAGAAAACAAAGAUACACCUGUCACAAAAUCUCAGAAGACAGAAGAUGCUUCAAAGAGUCAGCUGUCAGAUUUGGAAACAUCAGUUGCAGAGUUUCUUGGACAAUCGGGGACACACAAGUCUGUUAGAACACCCAAACGAGUAGCUUUAUCAGACAAAGUAUCGGCCAGAAAAAGAGACAUGUCCCUAUAUGCAGGCCUAAAUAAAACAUAUGAAAAUGUUCCACAAGCUAAUGUAAUAGCUAAGAUAGAAGAUUAUGACAAGGACAGAGAAGAAGAGGAAAAGAGAGUACAGGAGAUGAUGGCCGAGAUAGGAGAACCCGAGAAAGAAGUUACGGCAGCAGAGACUACUAGCUCCAGUAAUGUCUCAACAGCUGCAGCUCCAGCCUUAACGUCAACUAUUUCUCCAUUGGUUAACAUCUCCACCCCUGUAACUCUGGGAUCCACCACACCUAUUUCUGUGACCAGCUCUUUACCAGUUUCUAGUACAACAGCUUCAUCUAAAGCCUCUCCAACUCUGUUCUCUGUUAAUACCACCACAUCUUCUAGCUCUGUCUCACCAGCCAGCAAACCUUUGGUGACAACUGGAUUCUCAUUUGGUGGUUCUCCAAGUGGAGUUGGUGGAGUUGACAAGUCUAGUGCCAUGGCCAGUCUGUCUAGUAGUACAACCACAGUUACUAGUGCCUCAGGAGCUAUAGCCAGUGCUGCUCCCUUCAGUUUACCAACAGCAGCUUCAUCCACAACAAAAACUAGCUCUGUGACAGGUUUUCAGUUUGGACAAUCACUAGCCACAGCAGCUGUCUCCCCAACCUCUAUUCCAGCUUCAACCAAUAUAUCAGGAAUACUCUCUAGUGGACCAAGCUCUACCACGACAGCUCUGCCUCCUGUAUUUGGUGGACAGACAAAUGCACUUGUGACAUCAUCCAGUGGUCCGGGAACUUUUAAAACUGGUGAGAAGGUUUUAGCAACUACCAGUGCUGUAUCUGCAUUGCCCACCAUGGUUGCACCAUCAGGAUUUAGCUUUGGAACCCAAAGUUCCGGUGCUUCAGCAACAGUUACACCGACCACUACAUCAAGUGUUGGAGGAUUUAGCUUUGGAGGUCAAAAUUCAAGUGUAGUAUCACCAGUAAGCAGUGUAACAACAACCGCAUCAACAACAGGAGGUUUUACUUUUGGUGGAACCACUACUACUGCUUCUUCAUUGUCAAAUGGUUUUAGCUUUGGAAGUCAGACUAUGGCCCUAUCAACAGCGACAACUGCUGGAGGAGUUUCUUUUAAUAGUCCAGCAGCUACCAAUACAGUGACUGCAUCUGCCCCCGGAGGGUUUAAUUUCAAAGCUACACCUGCUACCCAAGCAAAUCCUCUAGGUGCCUUUAAUUUUGAAGCAGGGAAGGGGACUGUUGCUGCUACCACAACCUCAGGCACAUUUGUCUUUGGAGGUAAUUCUGCUCCAUCAGUGGGUGUUAAUGCUGGAGCUUCUACUACAUCUGCUACUGGAGGUUUUAAUUUUGGUACAGUAACAGCCAAUCCUACAAGUGUACCUACUGCUACAGGAGGUUUUAACUUUGGGACUCAGAAUCAAGCUCCCACACCUUCAACAUCUAUAGCUGCAGGGGUGUUUUCAUUUGGAGGACAAAAUGUUUCAUCUACAACUUCCUCAGCAAGUGGUGGAUUUAACUUUGGAGGUGGUUCAAAUUCUACAGCUGGAGGUUUUAAUUUUGGCAAAAGUAAUACAUCUACUACAGCAGCAGGGCUAUUUGGUGCUACUAAUACAUCAAGAUCAGACCUACCAAAGCCAACCUUUGCCUUUGGAGCCGUUACUCAGAACUCGACAACUUCAUCCAGCUCAUUUGGACAACAGCCAGCUGGGUCUCAAUCAAGUUCAACAUUUGCAUUUGGACAGACCACCACAGCUUCCAGCAGUGUAUUUGGGCAGCCAUCUGCUCCCCAGUCUAGUUCUGUUUUUGGACAAUUUCAGCCACCUGGUCAGACUUCUCAAUCCCAGCCUCCAGCAUUUGGAAGCAAUACUUCGAACAGUACUUUUGGACAAUCCAGCAACACACAAGCAGUGUUUGGACAACCAGCAGGAUCUCAAACAACCUCUGGAUUUGGGCAAGCUGCACAGGGAACCUCUGGUUUUGGACAAAGUGCAAGUAAUCCUGGUUUUGGACAGUCAUCCACUCAGCCAUCCUUCAGCUUUGGACAGCAGAAUCCAAACACUCAGUCUGGGUCAGGGUUUGGACAGCAAACAGCUCCGCAGUCAUCUUUUGCAUUUGGACAGACACCUUCCACCCAACAGACUACAUUUGGACAGCAGCAGCCAAGUUUUGGACAGCAACCAGGCCCUGCUUUUGGACAGCCUCAAAAUCCUCCUGCUUUUGGGCAGUCAACAGGUGCCCCAGGAUUCACCAAAUCUGCCAGUUCACCAAACUUUGGAGCUUCUAAUAUGAAUGGUAGUGGCACAGGGUUUAACUUUGGCAUGGCAACACCAUUGAAAAACUCACAAAGUUCAGCAGGAUCUUCAACUUUUAAUUUUGGAACACCUCAAAAUAACAGUGCUACUCCAAACCAGUCCACUCCUGCAAAUCCAAGCAAAGGAUUUGACUUUUCUCAAUCAUUAGGUCCAGGAGCAUUUAACUUUGGAGCAGGGGGAGGUAAUUCCUCAUUUGGAACCCCAAGUGGAGGGGCCAUCCCACAGCCUAACUUUGGAACCCCUUCAUUCAGUGUGGGAUCUGGAAAUCAGGCCAAGCCUCGUCCAAUCAGGAAACCCACACGAGAAGGAUAG